AUGCCUAGAAGACAUUACAAACCACAAACAGAUUUUCAUGGUAAAAAUGAACACAACAGCAGUGUUGAACGUCCAAUCCCUAUACAGCUUAAAAAAGCAACAUCAUCGCAGCCUAAAUGUUCAUCCCCAAUUUUAAAGGAAGAUGAUGAAAUACUCGAGAACGUUCAUCGAAUUCCUAUUCGACAAAUGAAUUCAGGUGAUAAUCAAAAGGAACAAAAUUUUGAGCCAAAAAAUGCGUCCGUGAAAUCUGAGCAUAAUAUCCUACCAAAUGAAACGCGAAUAGGCCUUAAUCCAGCAGAUAAAAGGCGACGGUUCUCUAAUUGUCAACAACAAAAUGAACACAAUUAUGCUAACAGCAAAAGUCAAUUUAAAUCCGUUCCGGAUAUUGUAAUUGAUGAUUACAGUGAUAGAAUUGAACUGACGAAACCUGUUGCAAUUCCAUUACCCGCACCAGCCAUUCCAUUGCCAGCACCUCAGCAUAACGCUAAAUUGGAAAAUGAAAAAGAUCCAGAUCCGGAGAAUUUAAAACGGUCCGAAGUAAAUGUCUCAGAGAAUGAAUUUACUACGGUAGGACAAUAUAAUGCUGAAUGUAAAAAUGGAGAAGCUGAGACGUCUAAUAUCCAGAUUGUUCCCUUAGCUGAUAGUGGCGAAAACUUAAUUCAAUUACUAGACGAUACUGAACGAAAAGUGGAAAAACUUAGAGAGAAUGCUACCUCCUUGGAGCAGGAAAAGGAAGCGAUUUUAGACAUGCUCAAAAAUAUUAAACUGACGAGUUCUCUUCUAAAAUUGAACCACGGUGACCGAGAUGAACUGGCAUUGAAUGCUGACAGGAUUAUAAAUCGUUGCCGCUCCGUUGAAGUUUGUGUUAAUACUCCUCGAGAUGAGCAUCAGGAUCGAGCACUUAAGCUCGUUAAUGAAGUCAUCUACAUAGCAUUAAACAAAACAGAUGACAAACUAAAAACACAGGCUGAAAUUCAGGGAUUUUUAAAUGCUUGUAUGCCUGAAGAAAGUGGUCAUAUUGAUGAUAAAUUUCAAUCUCUUAUUAUUGCCUGUACUGCAGAUGACCAAAAGAAAAUCCGACGACGACUUGUAAAAAUCAUGAAAGAAUUUGAACAGACUCAGCGACUCCCUCAAACAGAUUUAAGCAAAUAA